ACGCGCAGCGGCGGCAUGGCCUGGCUGGAGGUGGCGGCGGGCUGCGACGGGUGGCGUGGGCGAGUCCGGCUGUGCUCCCUGGCGGCGCUGGGGCUACUGCUGCUGGGGGCACUCACCUACGUGCCGCCCCUGUUGGUGGCCUACCGAAGCCACGGCUUCUGGCUCUCGCGGAGCAGUUACGCCGAGCAGCCCAGCGUCCGCUUCCGGCACGAAGUGCUCCUGGCCGCGCUGACGGAUAGCGGCGGCGGGCCGGUGGGCUGGAGUUCCUUCGCCGCCUUCAACCGCCUGCUGGGCACCCGGUUGCGCGUCCCGCUCGUCUCGGCUCGGGAGGAAGACUCUAACCAAGAUGGAGUAACGGACCUGCUCCGUUUCCAGCUGGAGCUUCCACUGCUCCCCUCGGAACGAGUGGUGGGGAUUCAGCUCUUGCUGACUUUCUCCUACGAGUUACAUAGAAUGUCCACCUUUGUGAUGCAGUGCAUGGCUUUUUUGCAGUCUUUUUCCCCUGUGCCAGGAUCACAGGUGUUUGUAAACGGAGAUCUCAAACUUCAUCAGAGGCAGCCCCUUCACCAUGCUGGGCUGGAUAGCAGAUAUAAUGUAUCUGUGAUCAAUAGUACAAGUCCUUUUGCCCAAGAUUAUGAUUUUGUGAACAUUGUUGAAACAUAUCAGAAGAGGAAUGUUACAACAGUUUUGUCUGGUCCCAGUCCCAUUUGGGUGACUGGAAGAUCACCAGAUCAACCAUUUGUGAUCCAGGCCUUCAUCCAUUAUCCAACGGAAUUGAUUGUAUAUCAGCCAGGCUUCUGGGAGAUGGUGAAAUUUGCCUGGAUGCAGUACAUUAGCAUCCUCCUGAUUUUUUUGUGGAUUUUUGAAAGGAUAAAAAUCUUCCUUCUUCGAAAUCAAGUGCUGAACAUGGUGCCGAUGUCUCCACUUCCCCCACUGUUGUCCCAUAAAGAGCACAGAUCCUGACCAAGCCUGCACAGGAAAAAGAACUUUGCUCUCGGUGGCUUCCACUGCUUUGCAUUUGGAAGAUGAGGCUUUCCACAAGUUGGGUGUAUAUAUUAUUUUGCAAAGUUUAUCGGUGGAUCCUCAGUAUAGAUUUUCUUUGCUGUCCUAUUUUUAUAAAUCUCAUUGUUGUUAUGAUUAUCAGAUGGCAUAUCAACUAGAAUCCAUACCGUGACAAGAUAAACAAUUUAAUGAAAGUUAUACAAAUGAGUUUUGGUACAUAACUGAAUCCCAAUCUUGAUGGCAAAGUCCUCUAAAAGGAAUUAACUACAGAAACAAAAAGAGUUCUCAAUUCUUUGAAAAGACAGAUUUUCUCUGCAAGAAUACCGAAAUAAAGAACACCUUUGUUCUUUUUCCUUUCAGUUUGCGAAAUCCCAAGGAGAAAAUCAAGGGAAUAAGAGCCAUCAUCAGCCAGGAGCUGAUAUUGUCCCAGAAAGUUUGAGUUCUUUCACCUGGCAAGCAAGUCCAAUGAACCAUGCCAGAUAGAUGGAUAGGGAAAAAAACUUACAGGCAAAUAAAAGGGUUACUCUGAAGCAAGUUCCAAUUGCACCCUUGCUUGGAGCAGACCUUUUAUAUACCAUUUUGAAAGCAUUGUCAUGGAAACACAUAACAUCA